AUGGUUCAACAAACUGACUUUGAGAGUAACACGUCUCACGAUAGCACACAAGCAAGUGUGGAUUUUGAUGUUGCAGCAGCUAGCGAUGGACAGUUUGAAAAUGAGGUACAGCAAUAUUUAUGUGAUUUUUGUGUUACGGUUGCUUUACAGAUUCAGCUUGCUGGAAGCACAAGAGAAAUUAGCCCGAAAAAGUUGUCAACCUCACAAACAAGCCUAUCGCCUCAACGGAAAGAGAGCAAUAAUUCUUACACAACCCCGGAGAAAACCAACUCCAAGAAGAGCUUGUCGACGUCAGCGUUGAACCAGGGAUCAAAAAAGUCAGUGGAGGGUACCCCAAGGACUUCAACACCUGAACCGCGAAAGUCUACAAGCCCGCCAGUCGGACAGCAGUCCCUCCGCGGUUUCCAUCAUGAGAGUAUUUUGUCCAAAGUGGAGAGUCUUGCAGACAGACGAAAACCGUUUUAUGAUUCCACAGCGACCAACGACAUAGAUUCGACACAUGACUUGGAAAAAGAGAAAAUCAGCAUUCCUCCCUUAGAGUUCACAACCCAACGGUCUCAUCGAGAUGAGUUUUCCCUGAAGAAGCACUGGUACUAUGAUAUAAUGCAGCGAAUAGAGGACUUGAGCUGGAGUUAUCAAAACUUGGAGGUAGAAUAUUCCUUCUUGGAGAAGCUCAUGGCUGAACAAAAAGAGGAUCUGAAGAAGGCAAAGAACUGGAGUAAACGACUCCCCAAUCAGAGUACGUCGAACAGAGCAAGCAAGGUUCACUGAUGACUGAA